UCGUAUUUUGGGAAUGACUGAUAUUUGGCACAUGUUGCUGUCCAUUUACGAAUACCUGUUGCACCAUUUACUGAAGCAACUCUUCCCAUCCACCAAUAGCUGUACUCCCAUAUGCCAACUUUCAAUGUCAGCCCAGUAGCAGAAAAUGUAUGCAUAAUCCUGUAGCUGGGGAGCUUCUGCUCUUUGUCGUCUACAAUGUCAGCAUACCCGGGAGAAGACGGUAAUACUGGAAUCGUCACAAUCAAAGUAUACGUUCAACAACUAAUGCGUUGCUUAGAGCUGAAAGACUUUCUACAAACACACAGGUGUCCAAGAUUCCCAAGCUUUAUCAGAGAACACCAAAAUGACUUUGCACUAUGGUCGGUCGGUUUAGCGGCAAAUAGCGCAGCACGUCUUCACGGGAUCUGGCUCAAUCGGUACAAGGAACUACUUGAAGACGACAACAGAGAUAUUCAGAGCAAAAAAGUUGCAUAUGAUCGUUUGCGAUGGGACACAAUCAUAGUUGAAGUAAACAGGAGGAGGAACUUGGCACAUACCUUCAAAGAACAAGCGCUCGACUUAUUGGUGGUAUCUGCAGAGCCAGCGGCGGCGGAAGGUCAACGAGUAAUUCAUGCAACUAGUUCUACAAUUCCUGCAAAGCGCUCGGCUGAUGGCGAUUUGGAUGAAGAAGACGAAUGCAAUCGUGCUUCAACAUCAAAUAUUGAAACUACAAGCAGUGACUCCGAAGCCACGACAUAUCACCGCCAUCCAGUAAUACAGAAGAAUUUCCUUUGAGUUCUAUUUCACAGAAUGUUCGUGCACCCAUUGCAUCUGACCGGUUGAUCAUCGACGCCAUCGACGUAUUAUGAAAUUUUAUGAGUAUCAAUUGUUCGUCUUGGAUCGUAUAAAGGCCACCACACUGACGAUGGAACGUGACAUUCAUCAUCUAUUAUCUCUUGCAUCGGUUUUAUUGGUGAACAAAGGUCGUAUGCACCCUGAAUCAAGAAAGUUCUUCAACAAUGACCUUGUGAAAAAAUUGCUUCGACCAUUUGAUACAACAGUC